AUGAUAAUUCAUUCAAGCUGUCAUCAGAAUGACGUUAUACUUGGAAAUUUACGAUUACGUUUCAUUCUGCUUUUUAAAGGUCGAUGUCAUGGUCAAGAAAAUGGAAAUAAAAUAAUUAAAGUGCUCAAAUCAGCUGGCUUUAAAGCGAUCACUGACCUAACUCAAGAUAUCAAUGAAAAUUUUUACGACUAUUUUAUGACAGUUGAGUUAACUGGCUAG